UAAAGUGACUGGAUACUUGAUGAUUUCCAUGGUCCAACUCUAAAAUGAAUAGGGAGGAUAGYGGGGAGGAGAGGCUUGGGCCCAAAAUAAACAUCAAAAAACAAACAGAAAACCACUGAAAAUUAACUACACAUUUUGAAUAAUUUCUCUUUCAAAAUAUUUUAUUGAGGGAACAAUGGAAAUAGUGUGUGAAGCCUAACUCUGUAUUGUGUUGCUGUUCCAGGCUUCCUUGGCAGUCUCUUGAUGUUUGGAAAGUUCUGAGACCCACCCUGUUGGACCACUUGUAACCAGUGCCUAAGACUACAAAAAUCUAUGCUUGGAAGAACCUUUCCUUGAAGGAGGGAAACUGUGCAGGCCUUGCGAGGCAAGAGAGCAGUUUGUGCUUCUGUUAACACUCGUUUCUGUAAUCUCUGCUUCUUAUGCACUCCAGCACCCCUAUCAGYUCCCUGUUCUCCUUCACCAGCCCUGCAGUGAAAAGGCUGCUGGGCUGGAAACAAGGAGAUGAAGAGGAAAAGUGGGCAGAAAAAGCUGUUGAUUCCUUGGUGAAGAAGUUAAAGAAGAAAAAAGGAGCCAUGGAAGAGCUGGAGAGGGCUCUGAGCUGCCCGGGCCAGCCCAGCAAAUGCGUCACGAUCCCACGCUCCCUGGACGGGCGGCUGCAGGUGUCCCACCGCAAAGGGCUUCCCCACGUCAUCUACUGCAGAGUGUGGCGCUGGCCUGAUUUACAAUCUCACCACGAGCUGAAACCACUGGAAUGCUGCGAGUUCCCUUUUGGCUCCAAGCAGAAGGAGGUGUGCAUCAACCCCUACCAUUACCGGCGGGUGGAAACCCCAGUCCUACCUCCUGUACUYGUUCCAAGACACAGCGAGUUUAACCCUCACCUCAGCCUCCUUGCCAAGUUCCGAAACACAUCUCUGCACAGCGAGCCCCUGAUGCCGCACAAUGCCACCUACCCGGAUUCUUUCCAGCAUCCCCCGUGCACCCCUUUCCCAUCAUCCCCCAGCCACAUGUUCUCCCAGUCGCCUAACAGCAUCAGCUACCCCAACUCACCAGAGAGCUCUUCUGGUCCAGGAAGUCCUUAUCAGCUCACGGUGGAAACUCCUCCUCCGCCCUACCAUGCAAGAGAACCUCCAGGAAUCCACARUGGACGGGCAAUGGAUGCAAUAGCUGAAAGUCAACUAGUGCUGUCUUUGCCCAAUGGAGGUAAAUCUGCCGAUGGAGAAGCUGAAAACUUUCGGCCUGUUUGUUAUGAGGAACCCCAACACUGGUGYUCAGUUGCCUACUAUGAACUCAACAACCGGGUAGGAGAGACUUUCCAGGCUUCCUCUCGAAGUAUCCUUAUAGAUGGAUUUACAGAUCCUUCAAAUAACAAAAACAGGUUCUGCCUGGGUCUGCUCUCAAAUGUAAACCGCAAUUCUACUAUAGAAAACACCAGGAGACACAUAGGAAAAGGUGUUCAUCUGUAUUAUGUCGGUGGGGAAGUUUAUGCCGAAUGUGUCAGUGACAGCAGCAUUUUUGUGCAAAGCCGCAAUUGUAACUACCAGCAUGGUUUCCACCCAGCCACAGUYUGCAAGAUCCCCAGUGGCUGCAGCCUCAAGAUUUUCAACAACCAGCUCUUCGCCCAGCUGCUCGCCCAGUCCGUCAAUCAUGGUUUUGAAGUGGUGUAUGAGCUGACCAAGAUGUGUACUAUUCGAAUGAGCUUUGUGAAAGGAUGGGGAGCAGAGUAUCAUCGCCAAGAUGUUACAAGUACGCCCUGCUGGAUUGAGAUCCACCUGCAUGGACCAUUGCAAUGGCUGGAUAAGGUGCUGACACAGAUGGGCUCACCUCACAACCCAAUCUCCUCAGUCUCUUAAGAAUCAUCUCUAGAAUUCCCUUAGGAUGGAUGCUAUUGCAGGCAGUGGCUUAUAGAAUUCCCAUGAACAGAAGCUUCUAUAUGUAGAUGUAUGUAGAUGUAAAUAUACCUAUACAUAGCCUAAUCUCCUUUUUUUUUUUUUUUUCAUUUUGUGGUUUCUAGUUACUCUGAUGCCAGUAAAAUAAGUUUAGAAAUUCAGGUAUAGCAUAUCUGUUCUCUAGUACAAAAUAAGCCAAAUUCCUGCAAAAGUGUCAAACAUUUCCUGUGAGCAUCUUCAUUCCCCAGCCAAGCCAGUAAAUGGUGUGAAUUCCCAGCACUUUCACGUGGGUUUGAAAAUCUGGCUGUAGCUGCUYCUAGUAGGUGAAAUUCACCCCUCUGCAGGCAACCAAAGUCAAAUCUCUGUGCCAUUUAUAUUCAUCUUAUAUCCUAAUUUCAAGUCCAGAAGAGAACCUUAUGAGGUGCACACAACUUAUGCAUGGAGUUGACUUUUAUCU